UUCGACGCACGGAUGUCCGUUAGUGCCGAGGCGGCGCUUGCUUGAAGCGGGCCGGCGCGCGGCGGGGACUCGCGGCGGCUCUGAGGGGGCUUCCCGCUUGUGUUUUCGGCGAGGGCGCCAUUUUAACGGCCUCGUCCUCCUCUUGAGAACAAGAGAGAGAGCGAGAGGGCCCUUUCCCGGCCUGAGGAGACAGACGCGGCCGCGGCGUCGGCCCGACAUCGCCUAGGCCGCGGUGGGCGGGGCUUAGUUCGGAGUCGGCCGGCCCUCUCGGGCCCUGCGCGCUUUCGGGAUGUCGGCCCAGGCCCAGAUGCGCGCGAUGCUCGACCAGCUGAUGGGCACCUCCCGGGACGGUUCAAUGUAUCUAUGCCUGCCUACUUCAUUCUGCAAGGGAGUGUCAGAAAGGCCCCGCAUUCGCCGAGCCGAGAUACUACCCGUCAGCGAAUCAAAUUCAGUGAUGACAGAGUGUGCAAAAGUCAUCUUCUCAACUGCUGUCCUCAUGAUGUCCUCUCUGGAACCAGGAUGGACCUUGGAGAAUGUCUGAAAGUUCAUGAUUUGGCAUUAAGAGCAGAUUAUGAAAUUGCAUCAAAAGAACAAGACUUCUUUUUUGAGCUUGAUGCAAUGGAUCAUCUGCAGUCAUUCAUUGCUGACUGUGACAGAAGAACUGAAGUGGCAAAGAAAAGACUGGCAGAAACACAAGAAGAGAUCAGUGCUGAAGUUGCAGCCAAAGCGGAACGGGUCCAUGAAUUGAAUGAGGAAAUUGGGAAGCUGCUUGCCAAAGUAGAACAACUUGGAGCUGAUGGAAAUGUGGAAGAAUCUCAGAAAGUAAUGGAUGAAGUGGAGAAAGCAAGGGCAAAGAAAAGAGAAGCAGAGGAGGUAUACAGGAACUCCAUGCCUGCUUCCAGCUUCCAGCAGCAGAAACUUCGAGUCUGUGAAGUGUGCUCAGCUUAUCUUGGUCUCCAUGAUAAUGACAGGCGACUAGCUGAUCAUUUCGGAGGAAAAUUGCACUUGGGUUUUAUUGAAAUAAGAGAGAAGCUUGAAGAACUCAGGAGAAUUGUGGCUGAUAAGCAAGAAAAACGAAAUCAGGAACGUCUAAAACGAAGAGAAGAAAGGGAGAGAGAAGAAAGAGAGAAGUUAAGAAGAUCUCGAUCCCAUAGCAAGAAUCCAAAAAGGUCUAGAUCCCGAGAUCGCCGCAGGCAUCGAUCUCGCUCCUCCUCACGCGAACGUAAGAAAAGGACUCGCUCCAGGUCCCGCGAGAAACGCCACCGCCAUCGGUCACGCUCCACCAGCCGCAGCAGGAGCCGCAGCCACCAGAGGAGCAGGCAUAGCUCCAGGGAUAGGAGCAAAGAACGCAGUGCUAAAAAGAGGUCCUCAAAAGAAAGGUCUUCCAGAGAUCAAGAACGACCAAGAGACCAUAACAGAACAUCACGUGACAAAGAACGGAGCCCCAGAGAAAAGUCGCCCAGAGACCGAGACUGCAAAGAUCGGAAGCGUCCCUACGAAAGCGCCAACGGCCGGUCAGAAGACAGAAAAAGCUCGGAGGAGCGUGAAGCGGGGGAGAUAUAACUGGCUGUACAUUCACUUGAUUCUUUAGCUUCCUAUGGAGUUGCAUACUGUGGUUUAGUUUACAAUUAUUCAAAGGGACACCAGUGAGCAGUUCCACACACUGAUCCAACUCUAGGGUAGAUGAUGUACAGUGUAUAAAAAUGGUUAUAAUGAAGUCUGCAUUGACCCCUUUGAUUGAAGACAACUAAAAGCAGUGUUCUUCUGUUUCCUCCCCUCCAACAAACUUGUAAAACAUAUUUUCAAAGAUUUCACACAAACAAAAAGAAAAACAAUUUUAUGUACUAAGAUGUAGAUCUCAGUGUUUUAUUCUCCUUUUUCAAUACAAGUUAUAGUGAACAAACUAUAUUGUGCUCUUUUUGCCUUGAAUGCUUUCAAACCUUUAUAAGCUCCUCUGAUUUUGCUCCUGUCCUCUCAGCAGCAGCAGCACCGAGUGGUUUUUAAGAGGGAGGGGGGCCCACGCUUUUAUUAUCCCUGUAAGAUUGUGUUCUCCGUUGCUUCUUGAGAGCCUCAGAUAUUUGGCAGUAUGUUUAGGUUCGGGACAUGUGCUGAAGAAUACGGAAACAUGUUUUUUUUUAACAGUGCCUCUUUAGAUUUGGAAAUUGAACAGCUAUUGCAUUUCAUCCUUUUUUAAUUUCUAUUGAAACUUUGAAAUCAAAGCCAGUCCCAUAUCUUUUGUACCAUUUGAUUGGUAUGUGUUCAGUAUACUUGUUUUUUUUCCAUAAGACUUUUCCUGCUUUUUCUUGUGGGGUGUAAACUGCACAUCCUUAACUGUACAACAACAACCAAUAAUAAUAAAGAUAAAAAUUAA